AUGCGGAAUCCCAUGAUCGGAUCUAGCCUUCUCUCUUGCUUGGCUAACCGGGUGGCGCCAUUUCUAUUGGCACCAAGGAAGGACGAUCCAGACGCCUUUCUGCGUCAUCUUCAGCUUGUCUCGAGGGACUUCCUUUCUCGUUUUUCCACACCGGAUGCCAUUUUGACCCCGUACUCGUCUUCGCAGGAUCAAAAACGGUCUACUGCGACAAGGAAUUUUGAGGAGGAUGCAUCGGCGUUAUCUUAUUCCACUGCACGGGGGACAACAGAUGAGGUGCGCGCGCUUCAAACAGCUCUGAGCUUCCCUUUGGGCGAGAAUGAGUUAGAUAACCAGAUGCACCUCCUUGAGCUGAGUAUAUUUCUUGCUCUUUUACGACAUUCACGACAGAGUUACAAAAACAUUCCGCUUUGGGGUUCUCUGAUUGAAAAAAUGGAGGAUUUGAACUUUUAUGGUAUUAUGCAGAGAGGUAUUUCACGGCUUUGGGAAGUUAUCGAAGAACAAGAGAGUGAAUUGGAGUCGCAUAAUGAAUUACGUCUGCUUAGGAUUUCCUGCGAUGUUGUGUUAUUCUUUGGUGAACAUGCUCUACGGUGUCCUCCAAAGGAUGUACUGCGAGAGUUUGGUGCGUUAGUACAACAUAUGUGGGAUAGUCACGCUUCCAUAGUGGUGCGACGCUGUGCGUUUGUCAUUUCUGCUUUCUUAGCGAACUAUUCUUACCUGCUACCACUUGAAGUUUUGUGCACUCACAACACGAGUCUGGAUUCCCCUCAUCUGAUGAUUGUCCUUGCAAGAGUGCCUGCAUUGAGGGAGAGGACCGAUGACAAAUCGGAGCUGCUUCGCGCGACACUAGAGGUUGUAUUCACAACAACUGUUUACACUACGCUUACAGCGACGUAUUUUCGUGACGAUGGCGUUCACUCAGCUGCAUUCGCGGUUGUACGGCAACGAUUCGCUGCUGUUUUAUAUGAUCUGUUUUCAGGGGUUUCAGCCGAAUUUUGGGACUACUUCACAGAAAAGGCACUCCUCUCCGCUCUGGAGGGGAUUGCACAGCACGCAGCUUUGUGGGAUUACAUGCCCUCCGGUGUGCUGCUGUUGCGGCGCCACAUACAGAAUUACCUUAUGGAAGGAAACAGUCUUUAUGCCGUUUCACUUUUUAAUUUUUACACGUCUGCUUUGGCGUAUCAUGUUGGGUUUGGCGUAUUGAAAGAGGAGGAAAACGCAAUUCUUGAUAAAGGUGCUUCACUUUAUAUUACGAACAACUCGGUACCGGUGGAAGUUGCUGAAGAUGAAACGGCGGCUCACUCUCGUAACACUGAGGGAGUAACAAUGGUGAUAUCGGAUUCGCCCUUGAAAAGAACAUUUCGUCUUUUAGCAAUGGGGUGGGGAGCAUUUCGUGGAAGGGAGAAGGUGCUUGUGAGAAGUGCUUUUUGCCUUUUACAUGCGUUUAUGUUGAAUUAUUCCAAUUAUCAGAAGGACUUGGAAGAAGUUAUUGGAUCAAAUUUGCACUCACUUCUGCAUCGUUUGGCCACCGUGGUGUUAACAGAAUCUAUCGAUGGGGAGGUGGACUUUGUUGAGACCUUUUACGGUACCAUUUCUAGGUUUCAUCACCAGCUGGGUAAUAUCGCCUAUGCCGCCUCUAAACUCCUCCUACCUGAUUUGAUGCGAGGGGUGGGAGUGCGGUGGGAAUCCACCGAAAUCGCAUUGCUUCAGCUGAACUUGUAUGCUAUACUCUAUGAGAACUACGAAAAUGCGGUGCCGCUUGGUGGAAUUGUCGAGGCCGUGACGCACAUUUCUCCUGGUCUUAUUACCUGUUCUUCCUUCGCGGUGGAGUUUUUCGUCCCAUGGUUGUCUGCUGUUCAAGUGGUGUUGUUGGAGGCGCCUUAUCCGCUGUCGUCGCUACUGUCGAGUGAGGGGUCCACAGCGAAGCUGAUUUCUCGUCUCUGUGAAGGGGUUUUUGUACUUUUGCGUGAGCUUCAGUCGGGAAAUAUGUUUCUUUGCUCAUUACCAGCCAUACCUCUUUUAGAAGGUGCGAUUCGUCUUCUUUCUGCUGCUGUCUCUGAGGAGGGACAUCACAAUACACUGGCCACCUGCGUGAUUGCGACGUACGGCGAGAAUACCCUUUCAGCGUGUUUUAUGCUUUACUGCAUUUUGUUCUCUUCCAACGCCUCAGCCUCGUUGGUGGAGUCUACAGCAGGACUACUGGCGUAUGUUGUGGAACAUUCGCAGGAGAAACUUUUCACCACCAUGCGUUUUCACACCUCCGCGGAGCUGCGACGCAUGUUAUUGUCAUUCAUUCAUCAAGAAUUGCAGCCACCGACGCCGUUCAACGCCUCCAUAAAUGUUAUUCGGUUGGUGUCUCUUCGCUACCUGCUUCGCUACGAUCCGGCGUCGUUUUACUACUUGAUUCUUCCAGAAGAAACAGAAGCGGGGGAUGAUUCAUCUGAGCUGCCCCUCACCCGCAUUCUACGCGACAAAAUAAAGUGUGGGGAACUUAACCCGCUUGAAAAAGCCGAAUGUUUUGAGCUUCUUCGAGCUCUUGAAGAUGUGAGCUACUCCAUCACUGAGGCCGUCAACUUGAUGGUAGGUGCCAAAAGUGACCCGGCGUACGUUCAGAGUGCCUUUGCAGCGGCUGUGAUAAAUUACAUAUGUGGAGUUCUACUUAAUAAAAUGCGUUUGGAGGGAGGCAGAAACAUAAAGUAUGGGGAUGAGGGAGGGUUGCAGCAAGGAAGUCCUGGUCGUCCAGUGAUUCAAACUGAAAAAGGCAAAAAAAUAUCUGGAAAUGCGGCGGUAAUUUGUACGAUGCUUGACGCAGGAAGUGAUGCGUUGAAGGAGUGUAUUGCCUUUUACCGGGCCACAGAAGGGGAACUUGGGCCUGCCAACGACAGGGUUGAUUCUUUUCUUUCAGUAGACACCCUUAGCAAGAGGAACACGCAGCAAAUUGUUCCUUCACGAGUCGCGCAGGACUUUACCUCCAGCUUGUCCACUGUCCCUACCAUUGGACCUCGCGUGCUUCCCAUGCAACCAGGCACUGGAAACUUAAAACUAAAACCCAUGCUUCUUGGAGAUUCGUUUCUAUUAUGGGAGGAGGAUGAUGAUAAUGUUGUUUUAUUGAACCGAAUGGCCUCGGCACUGGAGGCAAUUACGCGCCUCACAGCCUCUCUAGAGGCAGUUGCAUGGCUCACAUAUGGUGAGAGGGAGGCAUCCUCCACUGCGAUAAAACUAUUGAAUCUCUCACUCGACGGAAUACAAAUGGUGGGGCCCACUGCAAACCCUUUGCGUGGUUUAAUGUGGUUUAGUUUUGAGGGCUGGCUGUCGCUCGCGCGUGGAGCAGCGUCUGUGCACAUGCAGGCUUUGGCGGAGAGUGUUUUGACUCCUUCAACAACAGGAUUAAAUGACCUUUUUCGAACCUUUGUAAAAUUAAUGGUCUCCAACCGUGAUAAUAUUGAUGUUGUUUGCCAGGGGCUAAGUAUUUUAUCGGCCUUUCAACCCUCUGAGGCCUCGGAUGAAGGAACGGCAAUACAACUGUUUGAACUAAUUGCAGAAGUUUUGGAGAAACAUGUGACGGUAGCCCCUUCUAGGGCUUUAGCGACACUAAUUUUUGGAUGUGGUAUCAUCUACACUCGCAUUGGUAAGUUUGCUCCUGUGCGGUGUGCGAUUAGAAGUGUGGAGAGUCUGUGGUCAUGCGCAACUCAUGUAUCACAUAUGAUUCUUGUCACGGAGCCUGCCUCUGCCCUGUCCGACUUUUUUGACUAUGUUGUGGACGCAGUAAUCACUCUACUCCUGUACACUGACGAGCUGACUGUCUACUUCUCGCACACACGCGUGAUGGCUAUGGCAAAUGCGUUGGGACAAUUUAAUCAGGCAACUGUUUACGACCCUGUUGCAAACCUGUAUAGACCACAGGCAUGGCACAGGGCGUGGCUAUCGGUGCUUUGUUUACUCCAAACUGUGUUGGUGAAUGUAGAGGCAAAUCGCCUUAGCCGUUCUGAGUGGUUAGACGUCGUUUUGACCCUGGCGGUAACAAGCCCACGGUUUCAGGAUGCUAUUUCAUGUUUCAUGUCCCGCAGCAACGUACAGGAGACAAAACCAUUUCCCUGGGAGGUGCGUGAGAUGCAGCUGUGUACCUCAAUUAUUGCCUUGUUGGCCAGUUUUGGGGUUUCAACGGCUUCAUUAACCCCACAUGUACAACGGUGUUUUUGCCGCAUACGACGAUAUCGUAUUCAGACCAUGACAGUAGUCGAUGAGCGAGUCACUGAGGCCCUUCUUGUGGCGGUGGUACGCGAUCAACUUUUCUACCUUAUCCAACAGUUUCCACCACCCGCGUUUUCAGACGAGGAGCUGUUCGUUGUCACCAUAAAGCGCUAUCGCACUUCACCGAUAAACGGCUCUGCCGUUCCAGCUGGUGGCUCACCUCAAGAAGGUGUGGUGGACGAUGAGGGGGAAGUGAAGAGGGAAGAGUUAUUGUCGUUGGAUGUACUUCGCUCUUUUAUUUUGCGUGAAAUAAACAUCGUUCGAAGGAGUCAUCAGGAUAGUUCACCUGGUGCCAAAGUCUCCUACUCGCCAGAACACACACCCUCUUUGUACUCCAGUUUCACGACUGUCGCCAGCGUGGACAGCAUCAUGGAGACGGAGUCCCGUGAGGGAAGUAGCCAAGGCAUUGCUCUACACAUUGAGAUUGUAAAGUUGGCGCUGAGCCUUUUUCUGCGGUACGCACGUCUCCACUUGAGCACGCGUAGUCUGGCACUUUUGGAUCGUCAAGAGCUUUCUGUGUCCCUCCAAAAGCUGCUUUACGCUCUCAAUCGUUUGAUUCAUGACGUUCGUCGCCUUGGGAGCUCCGCGCUGACCUUGGUUGUAGAGAACGUGCGAGAGGAAUUGAAGAGUCUUGCUGCUAUUUUGUAG